CGGCCGCCGUAGGUUAAAGGUGACCUCCUUUGUUAUAUUAUUUUAUUUUUUAAAUACUUUUUUUGUGAAAGUGAAACUGUGAGUAUGCUUAGGGUGCAAUGUGCACUAACACAAUAAUAUAGAACAUUAAUAACACGCAGACAGACGCACAUAUUUUAUUUUUCAUCCAUUUCCCCGAGACACCCGCGAUAGACUUGGCACCAGUUCGCGGGCUACCGGUGGAUCGCGAUCGACUGGUUGGGCACCCCCAAUGAUUAAGGGGUGAACAAUCGUGUUUUUACUGUAAUUAAGAUGAAUCACCGCGUUCUUGGCGAUAUCAGUGACUGGGACGAAACGAGUCUGGAAACCUAAGCAGCCAAUCAUAUCGCAGCAGGGCGUGUCCUGUCCUGCCCCACUUCCGCCACACAGCUACUUUCGUACACAGGUUUUCUUGACGUUAUUCAACGCCAUCCGCUUAAUAUUCCCUUGCGAUUUAGUACUGAACGGACUGCAGCCUCCAUACAAGACGUCCGUCACAACUGAAGGACUACGAUGUCGCUUACUGAGUCUUUGUGUGCCGAUAAACGCGUCUUGGUGCGCGUUCAUGUUCUCGUCCAUGUUAGCUUAGCUUAGUUUGGCUUGCUAGCCAUUCACAAAGAAAAGCACGCCGUUCAACCAGAAAUCGACUGCGAAUUUAUUGGGACUAUGACGUGAAAAUGUCUGCAAGACCAACACUUAAGUACGAGGAGGAACUUUGUGGAAUAAAAGAAGAGAAUGUGCAACAUCUUCAACAGCUGGAUGAUCUUUACAAGCGGUCUCGAAUUGUGCUACACACACCAGACGUGAGAGAAAACUAUCUUCAUCCUGAGCAACAGGAGCCAGAAUCCUCUCACAUUAAAAAGGAGGAUGAGGAUGAGCACCAUUGCAUUAAAAAGGAGGAACCAGAGGCCCCAAACAUGAAAGAGGAGGAGGAGAAUGAUAUCACCAACUUGCCAUUGACCUUUGCCCCCUUGAAGAGUGAAGAUGAAGACAAGGGUGAGAGUGAGGAGGACAAAGGUGUAGAGCGUCCACGCGGGAGCUCAAGUCAACACAUAACAGAAGGUGAUGCAGGUCACUGUGGAGCAUCACAAGCACUAAGUGUUGACUUUACAUUACACUCUUCUGAAACGGAUGAUGAUGAUGAAUAUGAAUAUGAGCACUGUAAAGAUGAUAAGGCAUGCAAAAACAACAAAAAAUGCUCCAAAUGUUCCCAGUGUGGCAAAACAUUUUCUUCAAAGUGGUCUUUAAAAGUGCUCGCAGGAAAACACACUGAAGGCAAACCUUUUGCCUGCUUAGUUUGUGGUAAAAGUUUUUCUCAAAAGUCACGAUUAGAAACGCACACAAGAACGCACACUGGAGAAAAACCUUUUGCCUGCACGGUUUGCGGUAAAAGCUUCUCUCAAAAAGAAAAUUUAAGCCAACACUCAAGAACACACACUGGAGAGAAACCGUUCGCAUGCUCACUUUGUGACAAACGGUUCUCCCAAAAGGUAUCUUUACGAACCCACACAAGCACACACACCGGAGAGAAACAUUUUGCCUGCCCAGUUUGUGGUAAAAGCUUCUCUCAAAAGUCAAGAUUAGUGACACACACAAGAACACACACUGGGGAGAAAGGUUUUGCCUGCUCAGUUUGUGGUAAAAGCUUCUCUCAAAAGAAUCAUUUAAUAGGACACACAAGAACACACACUGGAGAGAAACCUUUUGCCUGCUCACUUUGCGUCAAAAGCUUCUCUGACAAAUCCAAUUUAAUGAAACACAAAAGAACACACACCGGAGAAAAACCUUUUGCUUGCUCAGAUUGUGGCAAAAGCUUCUCUGACAAGUCAAGUUUAACAAGACACACAAGAACACAUGCUGGUGAGAUAACAUUCACUUGCAACGUGUGAGCUAAAAGAUUCUCUAAUAGACCAGAUGUUGAGAGACACGAGUGUGCUGAUGAGAAGAGCGGUGAUCGUUGAAGCUUUAAGAAGAAGCUGACUCUUGGUGGUAAGACGUAAAA